GUGUCGCGGGAGCCCUUAUAGCCCCGGCGCGGCCCCGCCGCCCGCCGCCCGUCACCAUGUCGAGCCGGCAGCAGACGGGAUCAACCAAUGUGGUUUACCAAGCCCAUCAUGUCAGCAGGAGUAAGAGAGGCCAAGUCGUCGGUACCAGGGGUGGAUUUCGCGGCUGCACGGUUUGGCUAACAGGCCUUUCUGGAGCUGGCAAGACUACCAUUGGCUUUGCUCUGGAAGAGUACUUGGUCUCUCAUGGCAUCCCUUGCUAUUCCCUGGAUGGUGAUAAUGUUCGGCAUGGCUUGAAUAAAAACCUGGGUUUCUCGGCUGGGGACCGCGAGGAGAACAUCCGCCGCAUCGCAGAAGUGGCCAGGCUGUUUGCUGAUGCUGGCCUCGUCUGCAUAACUAGUUUCAUUUCUCCUUUCACAAAGGAUCGUCAAAAUGCACGGAAAAUUCAUGAGGCAGCUGGACUUCCUUUCUUUGAAAUCUUUGUAGAUGCUCCUCUAAAUAUUUGUGAAAGCAGAGAUGUGAAGGGCCUGUACAAAAAGGCAAGAGCUGGAGAGAUCAAAGGAUUCACAGGGAUUGACUCAGAGUAUGAGAAGCCCGAGUCUCCUGAACUGGUCUUGAAAACGAAUGUUGCGUCAGUGUCUGAAUGUAUUCAGCAGGUUGUGGAGCUCCUCCAAACACAAAACAUCGUGCCCCAUGGCUCGAUUAAGGAUGUUCUCGAGCUGUUUGUACCUGAAAAUAAACUCGAUAGUGUCCGGGCUGAAGCAGAGAUGCUGCCAUCCGUCGAGAUCACUAAGCUGGAUCUGCAGUGGGUGCAGGUGCUGAGCGAAGGCUGGGCCACUCCGCUGACCGGCUUCAUGCGUGAGGCAGAGUACUUGCAAGUGAUCCAUUUUGGCACCCUGCUGAAUGACGGUGUGGUCAACCUGAGCAUCCCCAUCGUGCUGCCCAUCUCCACGGAGGACAAGAAGCGCCUGGAGGGCUGCGAGGCGCUGGCGCUCAGCUACGCGGGGCGGAGGGUGGCGGUCCUGCGGAGCCCCGAGUACUUCGAGCACAGGAAGGAGGAGCGCUGCGCCCGCGUCUGGGGCACCACCUGCGCCAAGCACCCGCACGUCAAAAUGGUGGUGGAGAGCGGAGACUGGCUGGUGGGUGGAGACCUCCUGGUGCUGGAGAAGAUCAAGUGGAACGACGGGCUGGACCAGUACCGCCUGACACCGCUCGCUCUCAAGCAGAAGUUCAGAGAAAUGAACGCUGAUGCCGUCUUCGCGUUUCAGCUGCGCAACCCCGUCCACAACGGGCACGCCCUGCUCAUGCAGGACACGCGGCGCCAGCUUUUGGAGAGGGGUUACAAAAACCCCGUGCUUCUCCUGCACCCCCUGGGAGGGUGGACCAAAGACGACGACGUCCCGCUGGAGUGGCGGAUGAAGCAGCACGCGGCGGUGCUGGAGGAGCAAGUCCUGGACCCCAAGUCGACCAUCGUUGCCAUCUUCCCCUCUCCCAUGCUCUACGCCGGCCCCACGGAGGUGCAGUGGCACUGCCGCGCUCGCAUGAUUGCUGGGGCCAAUUUUUACAUCGUGGGGCGCGACCCCGCAGGCAUGCCUCACCCCGAGACCAAGAAGGACCUCUACGAGCCCACGCAGGGAGGGAAGGUCCUCAGCAUGGCGCCGGGCCUCACCUCGGUGGAAAUCAUCCCCUUCCGGGUGGCUGCUUACAAUAAAUCCAAACGGGCCAUGGAUUUCUAUGACCCCCAAAGGCACAACGAGUUUGACUUCAUCUCGGGAACGCGCAUGAGGAAGCUUGCUCGAGAGGGUGAAAACCCACCAGAUGGCUUCAUGGCCCCCAAAGCUUGGAAAGUCCUAACCGAGUACUACCAGUCACUGGAAAAAAAGAAUUAACACUACUCCUCCCCCCCCCCCCCCCCCCUAGAAAUACUUGUAUUAAGAGUGAGCGAUGAUUGAUUGAUUUCCUACAACACAGAUCAGUUACUUGGCAUUUCCAGCGCUCUGACUGUAGGAUUUCCCUGCCCGGGUCAGAGUGGUUUUUUUCCGAAUCAGAAAUACUUCGAGCCUGCUCCUUCUGCCCCUGAAGCUGCCGGGCGCGUCCCCGUGGAGCCGGGAGGGAAGGGCAGCGGGCCCCUCAUUCCCAGCCGAGCGCUGCCCCCGGUUGGGCCUAGCUGGGUCAUUUUGGUGCCGCCGGGACCUCGGCACCAGGAUAAAAACGCGCCCGUCGCCUGCGCGGAGCAGAAACGGAGAAGUGCCUUUCCACUACCCCUCGCUCGGCGCUGCCCCCAGGGGCAGGAGCAGCUGCUGCUGCUGCUGAGGUGGGAGAGGGAAGUGGGCGCUCGCUGCUCAGCUCCAGUCGCUGCCCUUCGGGUUGUGCCUUCGAUUUUGCUGACAGCGGGAUUUUUUUAAAAGGAUUUUGUUUUAAUGAGCCUUAACCAGCACCAGUCCCUCGUGGCCGAGACGAUCCCUCACUGUUCUUCCUUGCUUCCCUCCUGCUCGACCUCGCCGGUCAAAACAAAACCUGGGCUCAGCCUUAACUGGUGCUCCGCGUUCAGCUUUGCUGCGGGGACUCUGCCGUGGCCAGCUGGGGGAAGCUGCCCUGCCAGGCACCGUCAAGCCCAGGGGAUCUCCGGGACAGCCGAGGGCAGCAGGCAGAAACCGAGGAUUGCUCUUCAGGCGCUUGUUGGGGGGUAUCCCCUUACCCCGGAGGAUGGGACCCCGCUUCCCUCUGCCCCUGCUCCCCCCACCCGAAUGAAAGGCGAGUCGGUGAAAUCGCAGCGUGAGGUGGGGCUGAGCGGCAAUAGCCAGUAAAACACGCGGGGCGGGGGGGGGGCUCAGUGCUUGCCCUCAUCCCUACCCGUAGCCCCGCGUGGCUCCCCGUGACCUGAUUUCGCUUUGGGGCGGCGACGGUGGCGCUGGCUGGGGGACGGGGGGAGGAUGGCAGCGAGGGGGUUUAGUGAGGGAAGACAACUGCGCGCUCGUUAGUGCUUGGCAAUCCACCUGAACGGAUGAUUUUUGUGCUCGGCCAUUCUUAGUUCCUGCCCCAGGACCGGUCAGAACGUGUUUCAAAUGGAAUGGAAGCAGCGUGCUCCUCUUCUUGCGCUUCAGUCUUGAUGAUGGCUCUGUGCUCAGUAAAACCAAUCGUGCUUCCGCUUGUAACUUAGGAUAGUGAGCUACCUGGCGUGCUAAAACCUGUUUUGCUGUGGCCGUGCUACUGUGUCCAAGACUAUGUCUGUGAUUGGGAAUAUUUUUGAAAAAGUCUUUUUUUUUGUUUGUCAACUGUUUUGGUGGGGUUUUUUUCUGUUGUUUUGUUUGGUUGGUUUUUUCUUUUUUUGUUUGGUUUUUUUUUUGUUUGUUUGUUUGGUUGUUUUUUUGGGUUUUUUUUUUUUUUUUUGGUAAUUUUUCUAAGUAUUGAGCAGAGAGCCCAAAGCUGUAUUAUACCUCAAGAAAAAUGCUGCAGCACCACCCGUGGCAGCAGCUGAAAGCACACUAGCACCAGUGCCUUUUACACUGGGGCCCUCUGGCAGGGACCUGGCAGACUAAAAGCAAUACUCCCAUCUACGCUUGCAAGAUUUGUCAUUUUUAAAUAGGGAAAUAGUGCUGUUGCUGUUCACCUUAAAAUAACCAAGUGGUUAAAAAACCCCCCAACCUGCAGUAAAUCCAAAUGGUUGCAGCAAAACACCAAUUUUGUAUUAUCCUUUGAAAAUAGCGUAGCGUACUGAUUACCUCUGAUUAAACUAGAGUAUGUGGACUAGGUUUUUUUUUAUUGUGUAUUUAUUAAAGACAUGAGACUGGAAUUUGUACCUCAACUGAUGCAUCUCAUGAUUUAAUAUAUUCUGAACUCGAUAUUCUGCUACAAACCCCUCACUUUUAGUACAAAUAAAUAUUUAUAUGUGGAA